AUAAAUUCCCUUCAUGGCUAAGGAAAUCAAGAGAGUCUCCGGUAAAGGAUCAGUUAAUACGACGGCCGCGCCUCCUUCCGCCUGCUGUUCCGGUCGCCGGAUUUCUUUCCGGACGGUGGUCCUGGUUCUCGGGAUCGUGUUGCCGUUUCUCUUCAUUUGUGGUGAUCGACAAUGGCAAACAGUGAGCUGAAGCUUCUUGGUAAAUGGUCGAGUCCUUAUGUGAUUAGGGUGAAGAUUGCCCUCAGAAUCAAAUCCCUUGAAUAUGAAAACCUUGAAGAGCACGAAACAUUCUCCCCCAAAAGCGACCUUCUUCUUCAAUCCAACCCUGUUUAUGCCAAAGUCCCUGUUCUCAUCCACCAUGGUAAACCCAUCUGUGAGUCUAUGCUUAUAGUUCAAUACAUAGAUGAAACUUGGUCCACUACCCCUUCUAUUCUCCCCUCUGAUGCUUAUGAUCGAGCACUUGCUAGGUUUUGGGUUGCUUACAUAGAUGAUAAGUGGUUUCCUACGAUAGAAACCAUUGUAACUGUUGAUGAGGAAGAAAGGAAGCCAUAUUAUGAUAUAUUGGAUACAGUGCUUGAAAAUAUGGAGGAUGCUUUUGUCAAAUGCAGUAAAGGAAAGGCCUUUUUCGGUGGAGAUAAAAUUGGGUACCUUGAUAUUGCUUUUGGGAGCUUCCUGGGGUGGCUCAGUGCCAUAGAACAAGAGUAUCAAAGGAAAGUUCUGGUUGAAUCAAAGGCUCCAGCUUUGGUUAAAUGGGCUGAAAGGUUUGUUGCUGACCCUGCUGUCAAGGGGAUUAUACCUGAGACUGACAGGGUUGUUAAGCUUUCUAGGGCUUUUCGGAUCAAAUGGAGAGCUGAACUUGGUAAGAAAUAGAAUUUAUGAGUGCAAGUGAUCGAUCUUGUUGUAUCAUGAAUAAGAUGAAAAAAUAAAAGUGAUCCUCUUGUGGUAUGUGUUUGUUUCCCUUGCAGUUGCCUUAAUUUUCUUUUCUUCUCUCUUUUGUUCCUUUGGUCUGUACUCUCAUUUGUAACAAGAGGAAAAUGAGUGUGUUGCUGCUAAUUUCUUUUUCUAAUAAUAGUUCCAUUACCAUAUAUAUCAAGUUAAUGGUUCGCUUUGA